CCGAGCCCAGCCCGGCCCCCCCCCACCCCCCGGGGCAGGCGGCGCUGCGGGCAGCGGCUCCCCACGACCCGCAGGCAGGAUGGGUCCCGGCGGCCCCAGGACCGGCUGGCCCUUGGCCAGCACCGUGCUGGUGGCCGUGGCCACCUCGCUGGUGGCGGGGGGCGAGGACUGCCUGUGGUACGUGGACAGGAACGGCUCGUGGCACCCCGGCUUCGACUGCGACUUCUUCACCUUCUGCUGCGGCACCUGCCACCAGCGGUACUGCUGCCGCGACCCGCUGCGCCUCAUCACCGAGCGCCAGCAGCGGCACUGCCUGGCCUUCAGCCCCAAGACCAUCGCGGGCAUCGCCUCGGCCGUGGUGCUCUUCCUCGCCAUCGUCACCACCAUCGUCUGCUGCUUCAUGUGCUCCUGCUGCUACCUGUACCAGCGCCGGCAGCACCUGCGGACGCCCCUGCAAGGCCCCGAGAUCCCGCUGGCGAGCUACCCUGCUGCCCCCGCCGCCCCCUACGCCGCGGACCCCAAGGCCGGCCCGGCGCCCCCGCAGCCCGGCUUCGCCCCCGUGGCCGUGUACCCGCCGGCCGGCCCCGCCGCCCAGUACCCGCUUUACCCAGCCGGACCCCCCGUGUACAACCCCACGGUGCCGCCGCCGCCCUACGUCCCGGCACAGCCCAGCUACCCGGGGGUCUGAGCAUCCCCCCGUCGGACGCCCCCCUCCUGCCCGGACCCCCACGCUGCGAGCAAGGGGCGAUGCCGCGGCGCGGGAACGGCCCCCCG